GUAAUUAAAUAGAAUUAAACAUAACAUACCCAUGCCCACUACCUAUCCACCUAUAUAUACACGUAUUACAAAUAGACAUAUAUCUCUCCCCAAUUAUGUCAUGUGUCCAUCGCCAUCUCAUCUUUUUUUUUUUCUUAACUCUUAUAAAGAGUUGCUUCUCUCCCCCCAAGUGUUUGUUUCAGAACCGCAAAACCUCUUCUUCAAAAUCCGAAAUCCCUGUUAGAAAUCUCAAUUCUUGAGAGAUUUUCUUAUAAAAAAUACUACAAAAUCUUUUGAGUUUAAAAAAAUAAUAUUUCAUCCUUAGAUUUACCCUGAUCUAUAGGGAAUAUCCGAUCUUAAUUUCUUCUUAUCUAUUUGGUUUAUAUUCUUCUUAAUUCUUUUUGUAGAUAAGAUCAAUGAAACUCAUUCUCUCUUUUCACCCUUAUUCUCGGGACAUAAUUAUCCAUGAGUCACAAAAGAGAGUAUAAUUUUUUUUUACCACAUGGGUUUAAAAACCUAAUCUGAUAUCAGUCUCCUACUUCACUUCUUGCAUAUCUUCAGAUCUCUUUCUCUCUUUUUUCUCCUCUCUCUCUUCUAUGGAGUUUGUAACAGAAACGUUAGGCAAGAGAGUCCAUGAUCCGUACGUGGAGGAAACUAGGUUCUUAAUGAUUCCCGGACCAAUCAUUGUCGGUUCCGGACCGUCGGGACUGGCCACAGCGGCAUGUUUGAAGUCGAGAGACAUCCCUAGUUUGAUUCUAGAACGUUCCACUUGCAUAGCUUCACUAUGGCAGCUCAAAACAUAUGAUCGUCUCCGACUUCAUCUACCUAAACAUUUCUGUGAGCUUCCCUUGAUGCCUUUUCCUUCAAGCUACCCUACUUACCCUACAAAGCAACAGUUUGUCCAAUAUCUUGAGUCCUACGCGGAACAUUUUGACCUAAAGCCCGUUUUUAACCAGACCGUGGAGGAGGCAAAGUUUGAUAGGCAGCGUGGGUUAUGGAGGGUGAGGACUACCGUAGGAAAGAAAGAUGAGACAAUGGAGUAUUUAUCACGGUGGCUUGUUGUGGCCACCGGGGAGAAUGCCGAGGAGGUGAUGCCGGAGAUUGAUGGAAUAGCGGAUUUUGGUGGACCAAUCCUCCACACAAGCUCAUAUAAGAGUGGUGAAAUGUUUAGUGAGAAGAAGGUUUUGGUCGUGGGAUGUGGAAACUCCGGGAUGGAAGUUUGCUUAGAUCUUUACAACUUCAAUGCUCAUCCUUCUCUUGUGGUUCGUGACUCGGUGCACGUAUUACCUCAAGAAAUGCUAGGUAUAUCGACUUUCGGGAUAUCCACGAGCCUGCUAAAAUGGUUUCCAGUGCAAGUGGUCGACCGGUUCUUGUUACGUAUGUCUCGGUUGGUUCUUGGUGACACGGAUCGGUUAGGGUUAGUUCGACCAAAACUUGGCCCUCUUGAACGCAAGAUCAAGUGCGGAAAGACUCCUGUUUUGGACGUUGGUACUCUGGCCAAAAUCCGAAGUGGACACAUCAAGGUGUAUCCGGAGUUAAAACGAGUAAUGCAUCAUUCGGCAGAGUUUGUUGAUGGGAGAGUAGAUAACUUCGACGCGAUUAUACUCGCUACGGGUUACAAAAGCAACGUACCCAUGUGGCUAAAGGGAAUGAACAUGUUUUGUGAGAAAGAUGGAUUUCCGUAUAAACCCUUUCCCAACGGUUGGAAAGGCGAAAGCGGAUUGUAUGCAGUCGGUUUCACAAAGCUUGGAUUACUUGGUGCAGCCAUUGAUGCCAAAAAGAUCGCUGAGGAUAUUGAAGUUCAACGAAAUUUCUUACCCUUGGCUCGUCCUCAACAUUGUUAACCUGAGAUUCGGGUUUCGAUUUGGCAAAGUUUGGAUUGGGUUUUCAAAAGUAGAGAGUUAGUAGUGAUGCAUUUAUGUAAGGUACUUCCUAACUCUUUAAUUGUGACAUAUGGGAGUUAGAAAGCAGGGUUAGAUCAAUGUUAGGUCAAAGAUUUUUGGAUUUUUAGGAAGGAAAUAUUAGAUCAUGGUCCACCUUUGUAUAUAUUUAUUUGGUUUUAUGUACGUUUUGCUUUCUUUCUUUUUUUGUAAAUUGGAUAAAUAUUAAAUAUGGUAGUUGAAGUUGAAGUAAUGAAAGCCUUAAUUCAAAUACUCCUUUUGCUUAA